ACCGGAUGGAGAACUUCACUCCGGUGCUCCAAGGGGCUUUAGUGCCCGUGCAGUCGCCCGAAGUCUGUAGCGGGGCGUUCAACAUCAGCGUCGCCUUCGAGAACAGGAUCUGCGCCGGCGGAGGACCGAACGGCUCCGACACGUGCUCCGGGGACUCCGGCGGACCGCUGCUGGCGGCCGCGCGCAGCCGGUUCUUCCAGACGGGCGUCUCGUCGUUCGGGGCGCAGUUCUGCGGCCUGAGCGCGGCCGCCUACACGCGAGUGGCCGACUACAUCGACUGGAUACAGCAGGCGAUCGCCACUAACUGACACGACGGCAGCCGCGGCGUCCCCAGUCUUUGCUCCCUGCCUAUUGGAGUAUAUAUGGCCGUAUUGGAGGGGCUUCGGAAGAUUUCCCGCAGCGCUGCAGCGGACAAGAGUGCUCUCAGUCUGCUCAAUAAACACAUAAAAUCUCCAUGCGUUACCGAGGCAUUUACAAGUCUGAGGCAUCCAGGGCCUGUCGUUGUGUGCGGUGGUUGGGCUUUCUCUCAUUAUUUCACGAGGAAGGUGAAUAAUGUAGUACAUGGUGAUAUCUAAUAAUGUAAUGAUAUAACUCACCAAUAAGUGAAUAAUAUGUUUUUGUUGGUUGGCUAUGCGCCAUGAAAGUGAACUUGCAACAAAUCAGAAAAGACAACUAGCUUUUAAAUCUGCCAAACUUCACCAUAUCAUGACUAACUCCAAAACAGAUACGUCAAAUCUAUCUAUCACUGACGGCAACAUGAUGUGGGAUAUGAGUCAUUACCAACGUUGUUGCUUAUGUUGUAACCUUUUUCAUGCCAGCCCUGAUUUGGCGUACAGGUAGACUGCAUCUGUACUUAGAUCCCUUCAACCUCUUAAACCCGGCGGUCUCAAAACCUAAGCACCGAUUUGUUAGGAAUUCUCGUAAAAAAACGCCUUCUCAUGGUAUAAUAAUCUACCAAAAACUAAAAGAUCAGCGAAGUGCUGGUGCGGCAAAAGCAAGAAAUAAAUGAAAGGCAAGCAACCGGAAAGGCAAGGUCUCGCGUCGCCCAACAUAAUACAGUUUGCGUAAAGUGGAGCUUUUACUUUUUUGUUUCCUUGGUCCCAUGAUUGCGCGCCGGAAC